AUUGUUCGCGCGUGGUUGCAAGUACGAGUGUGCUACCGAAACCGCGGAUAAAUGUGUCGGUCACGGUACAAGACGUGAAGCGGGGGCAUACACGGCGCAAGUGAGUAUAUUUUUAGUGGCAAGCGCGAAGCGCUAAGCAGAGUGGUAUAAACGGCGCGCAGUGGCCUGAUGAAGCGGCGUAUGUGACAUCAAAUUUCUCUUCUCUUGCCACCGAGAAAGACACCCGGAAGACAUCUUGCAGAGGACCAUACCGCGCUGUUGGCCCUCCAAUUUCCUGGAGGCCGGUGGUGUCAGUGACACCAGAGAAUAAUAGGAGCUGCUAACUUUAAGAAGUGCAGUAGAGUUGGCUUAGGCCAACGUCGGUGGACUAGGCAAAAUGGCAACAAUAGAUGGCCGACCGGCCCAAUAUGGUGUCACUCUUAAGCAACUUCGUGAGCUCAUGGAGCUCCGGGGACGUGAAGGUGUCAAUAAAAUCAAUAGCUACGGUGGUGUGCAGGAGAUUUGUAAAAAACUGUAUACUUCACCCAGUGAAGGUCUCAGUGGAUCAGCGGCGGACAUCCAACAUAGACGAGACACAUUUGGUUCAAAUCUAAUACCUCCAAAACCACCAAAAACGUUUCUACAGUUAGUGUGGGAGGCUUUGCAAGAUAUUACGUUAAUCAUCUUGGAAGUAGCAGCAUUGGUUUCAUUAGGUCUUAGCUUUUAUCAACCAGCAGAUGAUGAGGAGGAACCAUCUUUGGUAGAUGAGGACGAAGCAAAGUAUGGCUGGAUUGAAGGACUUGCUAUAUUGAUUUCUGUGAUCGUGGUGGUGUUAGUAACAGCUUUCAAUGAUUAUUCUAAGGAAAGACAAUUUAGAGGCCUCCAAAGUCGGAUAGAAGGGGAACAUAAAUUUUCUGUCAUUCGGCAAGGGGAGGUGAAACAGAUCUCUGUGUCUGACAUUGUUGUUGGUGACAUUUGUCAGAUAAAGUAUGGAGACCUGCUGCCAGCAGACGGUGUCCUUAUACAAAGCAACGAUCUCAAAGUGGAUGAAUCCAGUUUAACAGGAGAGUCAGACCAUGUUAAGAAAGGAGAACACUUUGAUCCCAUGGUUCUCUCAGGUACCCACGUGAUGGAGGGCUCUGGGAAAAUGUUAGUCACCGCGGUGGGUGUUAACUCGCAGGCUGGUAUUAUCUUUACUUUGUUGGGUGCUGCCGUUGAUCACCAAGAGCAAGAAAUCAAGAAAAUGAAAAAAGAGGCUAAGAAGCAGCGGAAGAAGAAGUCAUUAACAGGUGACGAAGCUGGUGAAAUAACCGGAAACAGCCACGUAAGCAGCGGCGGGAAACACGAGUCCGGGGAGAAUCAUCAGCCGCCCCCGGCCGCUACCAGCGGCGAAGGGAAGAAAGAGAAGAGCGUUCUACAGGCCAAGCUAACUAAACUCGCCAUACAAAUCGGUUACGCCGGCUCGACCAUAGCAGUGCUUACCGUUGUCAUUCUAGUCAUUCAGUUCUGCGUAACGACGUUCGUUAUCGAGGGGAAACCUUGGAAGAACACGUACGCCGGUGAUCUGGUGCGGCAUUUGAUCAUCGGUGUGACGGUACUGGUGGUCGCCGUUCCCGAAGGUCUUCCUCUGGCAGUCACCCUGUCUCUCGCUUAUUCAGUUAAGAAAAUGAUGAAAGACAACAACCUGGUACGUCACUUGGACGCGUGCGAAACGAUGGGCAACGCGACUGCGAUCUGUUCGGACAAGACCGGCACACUGACAACCAAUCGGAUGACCGUCGUGCAGUCGUACAUAUGCGAGACCCUGAGCAAGACGCUGCCAAAGUUCUCGGAUCUCCCGAAUCACAUUGGGAAUCUGAUCAUUCAGGCGAUAUCCGUGAACUCGGCGUACACAUCCAGAAUAAUGCCCACGCAAGACCACGAAUUGUCGCUUCAGGUCGGCAACAAAACCGAAUGUGCCUUACUUGGAUUCGUAGUGGCCCUGGGCAUGAACUAUCAAACGAUAAGGGACGAUCAGCCUGAGGAAACCUUCACGCGGGUAUACACGUUCAAUAGCGUUAGGAAGAGCAUGUCCACCGUGAUACCGAGAAAGGGCGGUGGUUUCAGGCUCUUCACCAAGGGCGCUUCCGAGAUCAUCAUGAAGAAAUGUGCCUUUAUAUAUGGUCGCGAAGGUCAUUUGGAGAAAUUUACCAAAGAGAUGCAAGACCGUCUGGUAAAGAACGUGAUCGAGCCGAUGGCGUGCGACGGGCUUCGUACGAUCUCCAUUGCUUAUCGCGACUUCGUUCCUGGCAAGGCAGAGAUCAAUCAGGUUCACAUCGACAACGAGCCGAAUUGGGACGACGAGGAGAACAUAGUGAACAAUCUGACGUGUUUGUGCAUCGUCGGUAUCGAGGAUCCGGUGCGUCCGGAGGUGCCCGACGCGAUACGAAAGUGUCAGAAGGCUGGGAUCACCGUGCGUAUGGUGACCGGCGACAAUAUAAACACCGUUCGUGACAGCCACGGCGAGGUCCAGCAACAUCUGUUGGACAAAGUGUGGCCGAAGCUGAGGGUGCUAGCCAGAUCAUCGCCCACCGACAAGUACACCCUGGUCAAAGGGAUAAUCGACAGUAAAGCGACCACCAGCCGUGAGGUUGUCGCCGUGACCGGCGACGGUACCAACGACGGCCCUGCAUUGAAGAAGGCGGACGUUGGUUUCGCGAUGGGGAUCGCCGGUACCGAUGUCGCCAAGGAGGCUUCCGAUAUCAUACUAACGGACGAUAAUUUCUCGUCGAUAGUGAAGGCGGUUAUGUGGGGUCGGAACGUCUACGAUAGUAUAGCGAAGUUCUUGCAGUUUCAGCUGACCGUGAAUGUCGUCGCUGUUAUAGUCGCUUUUAUCGGCGCGUGUGCCGUGCAGGAUUCGCCGUUGAAAGCGGUCCAGAUGUUGUGGGUGAACCUGAUCAUGGACACGUUAGCGUCCCUCGCUCUGGCCACCGAGAUGCCUACGCCUGAUCUGCUGCUACGCAGACCUUACGGUCGCACGAAACCGCUCAUCUCCAGGACAAUGAUGAAGAACAUCCUUGGCCAGGCUGUCUAUCAGUUGACCGUUAUUUUUAUGCUUCUUUUCGUUGGUGAUAAGAUGCUCGACAUCGAAACAGGCCGAGGGGUGGCGCAGGCUGGCGGAGGUCCAACGCAACACUUCACCGUCAUCUUCAACACGUUCGUCAUGAUGACUCUGUUCAACGAAUUCAACGCCAGGAAAAUCCACGGUCAGCGUAAUGUCUUCCAAGGAAUAUUCACCAACCCCAUCUUUUAUUCUAUCUGGAUCGGCACGUGUCUGUCGCAGGUAGUUAUCAUACAGUAUGGUAAAAUGGCGUUCAGCACGAAAGCUCUCACAUUAGAACAAUGGAUGUGGUGCCUGUUCUUCGGAUUCGGCACUCUAUUGUGGGGCCAAGUAGUUACGACUAUUCCUACGCGCAAGAUUCCUAAAAUCCUUUCAUGGGGCCGCGGCCAGCCGGAUGAUAUCGGUGCGAUCAAUCUCGGAGAUGAGAAAUUCGACCCUGACUCGGAUAAAAAGCCGCGCAAAGGACAAAUUCUAUGGCUCCGUGGUCUAACACGACUACAGACACAGCUUCGAGUAAUCAGAGCGUUCAAGUCGACUCUGGAAGAUUUGGAGGAGCGUCGCUCUGUCCAUAGUUUACACAGCUUACACAGUAUGCGCAGCUCACGCAGCCACACCGGGCCACGACCACUCUCCGACUUCACGUACAUUGACGAAGACCCGACAAACACCGGCCAGACGGCGAACAACACGAUGACGGGGAAAUUGUCGAACAGGAUCACCGCAGCGGAACAAUUGUUGGACCAUCAUCUUAAUCAUCAUUAUCACCAGCAACAGGCACACAGGACCAACAACAGCUCGACGUCGCCGUUGUUGCUGACCGUGUCUGGGACACAGGGCAACAACCCGUACAACCAUCACAAUACCAUUAACAACACCACCAAUGACAAUAGAACCAAUAAUAGCGCCAACAACAACCCAAACCAUACGCAACAACAGCUGCAGAGUAGCAACACCAGAGACAGCAACAACACCGGAAACUCCCCGCUUCUCAGCUCCAAUAAUCUGGCCCUCCCGGAAUUGACGAAACUCGUGCAUGAGACCAGCAUUUAAAGGCAGCUUUGCGUGUCCGUUACACUAUAUAUACACCACCCCCGCCGCCGCUGCCCUCUCAGAAACUCUCCAAUCCCCUAACUUUCGUUUAUAUAUAUAUUUUUUCUCAUCCAAAUUUCGUCGUGUGCUCGCCCCCCC